GGCAGGCAGUGCACGUUUUCAUUAUAUAGAGAGAGGUUAGGUUAGCGGGCAGUUAAUGCAAGGAGAAACGCAAGCUAGCAGCAAAUGUACUCCCGGCCGGCCGGUCACUGUUGAAGACGGUCGGACGACGAAAGCCAAGCCACUCGCAGCUAGAGCUAGCUCCAUGGACGCUCAAGGGGAUAGAUCGGUGCAGGAUGGUUCCGGUUCCGGGAUAACCGGUGUGUCGUCGAGCGGAUCUAUAGAUGAUUGAGGAGGGCAGUUGUGUGGUGCGCCGGAGGAGGAGGAGGACGAAGAAGAAGAUGAAUCCCUGAUAACGGAGAUCCUAACAGCUGCUCCGCCCAAGUUGGUGGACACUAGCGUGGCUUGCCUGAUUUCGUGGGCCGGCGACGACAUCGACCGCGGCGAUUAUUACGAACCAGGCGUGGUCCGCAUCGGCCCAUUCCACCGGCAGGAUCGAUCUAAGCGAUCAGCUGACAGGAUGGAGCAGAAGAAGAAGCUCGUGCUCCAGGGCUUGCUCACGGCCAGAAGCAGCAGCAGCAAAGAAGAAGACGACGAAGCAGCUGGGGGUCGAGAGGAGCUGAGGAGCCACCUGAAAGCCAUGGGAGCCAUCGUCGACCAUGCACGGGGUUACUUCAACAGGAGGUUUCGGUGGAUGAACGACAAGGAGUUUGCUCGUAUGCUGCUGCUGGACGGCUGCUUCCUCUACUCGCGCUUCUUCCCCGGCGGCGGCAUGGAGGACAUCACCGUGGACCGCGACAUCAUUUUCCUCAUGGAGAACCAGAUACCCUUCUUCGUCCUGGAGAAGAUCCACCAGCAGUUAAUCAAGAGCGCAAGAGUCCAGGAUACCACUACUAGUACUCCUCGUGUCCUUGAUAAGGUCGCCAAGCGCGUCCAACGACUGCUGCAGCGCAAUAACUACAUCAUCAGCAAUGUUAACGUGCCAUCGUCGCCUCCUCCCACUCCGCCAUGCCAUCUUCUCCACCUGCUCUACAUGUACUUCACGCCUGCAGGUCGACCUGCAGCUGGUCCAAUUGGAAAUGGUUGGUGCAUCUGCGUCGACAACCCGCCAAUACAGGGGCAACCCAACAACAGCAGCAGCAGCAACAACAGCAGCAGCAGCAGCAACAGUACCAGCGUGCCCCUGCAGGUCCGUUGGCGCACGGCGACGCAGUACUACGGCGCCGGCGUGGGGUUCGUGAAGCGGAAGCUGGGCGGUAGCGACGACGACGACGGGGCGCGCUCCAUCCUGGACGUGGAUCUCACUGUGGGGUGGCUCACAGGAGGCACACUCCACGUCCCUUGCCUGACGGUGGACACCAACACCUUCAGGAUGCUGCGCAACAUGGUGUCCCUGGAGCAGAAGAGCCUGCAGAGGAGCUCCCACGUCACGGCCUACUGCCUCUUCCUGUCGCAGGUCGCCGGCACCAAGGAGGACGUGGAGCUGCUCGUCUCCAAGGGCGUCAUCUCGCAUCUUCUCAGCAGCGUAGACGACGUCGCCCGAGGCCUCGCCGGGCUCUGCGACGGCGUCGUCCUGGACGCCGACGACCCGGAACUCAACUACCUCAGUUCCAAGCACAAGGCGCUUGAGCCGCUCUACCAUAGCAGCUGGGGAAGGUCCGUUGCGUGGCUCUGGAACGUCAAGUGCGACAACCCUCUCAAGGCAAUGGCCGUCCUGGCUGCCGUUGUCGUCAGCAUAGCCAACGUGCUCCAGUUGGUUUUCGCAGGACUCAGCUACGGCAGAGGCAAAUAAUAGCGCCUACGUUAGUCGUUGGAGCGGCUUGAAAUCAUGUGCAACAGAUCGAUUAAUUAAAACCACAGUGAUCGAAAGGGUAGACGCACAUGUAUUUGUUGGUACUAUUUUCAGUUCGCUCAUUAAGGUGACUUGAUUCCCAACUCCA